UCUGUGGUGUUCUGUGGUUUCAGCGGAGUCGGCGGUGUCGACCGCGUCGACAGUUUUAAUGUAUGUUGUUUCAAUACAGUGUUUUGGAACGUAGGACAGCUGUGGAAGGACGGAAGCACGCUAUGCACUUGCCUGAAGAAAAGAAUGCACAUGGCAUCUGUCUGUAAACAGAGCAGUGAUAUUUACUUAUUACAACCAGAAUUAUUAAAUGAAACAGCAUUAAAGCAAAUACUAGAAUUAAUAGGUGAAGGGGCAUAUUUAAGCAGUCCCUCCAAGGACUGUUGAAGAUCUCAUGGCAAGACUUCAAGCACCCGUGACAGCAGUUGAUGCCAACAUGUUAAGAGAUGUGUGAAGCUACAGAAUAUGAAUUCCAUGAGCAAGGCACAGCUGGUGGAAAUAUUUUAUCGAAUAGCUACCCCUCUACCACAGCGCAUUUACAAAGACAACCGUAGAGGAAGACUUCUAACAAAAAUGAGAAGAAAGCAAGAGAGAAGCAGGAAGAAAGCAGAAAUUAUAGAAAAGAAGUCCAGUAUUUCAUAUGGCUUCAGUGAAGCUUCAACAUCACAUGAACAUGGUUCCCAUAGCACUGGAGACAGACUGAAACCACCUCCAGAUACAGUACAUUUUGAACAUAAGAAGAUAAAGCUGAAUUCUAGUUCUGGGUCUGAUGACUUAAAGAGCAUCCAAAUGAAGAGGUUGAAAAAAUUUGAGAACUCUGAUCCUAAUGGAGAUAUUCUUGAUAGAAUUAUCAUUAAGGACAGACGUAAAGAAAAAGAGAAAGAAAGGAAGAGUGAAGGACAAAAUAUGAAACAGAAGCAAGCAGAUGAAGGUAUUACAGAUACACCUUUAGGACAGUCCAGAUCCCCGGAUUCUGAAUCUAGUAAUGGGAAAAAGCAGUUGGGAUCCAGAAAGAUCAAACUGAAGAGGUCACAUUGCAGUUCCAGUUCUGAGGGUCCGCACUCAACAGCUAACAAGGAUUCAGAAGUCAAGAAACACAAAAUAAAAAUUAUCUGGCCAUGAAGUGAAAAGAGAAAUGUGUUGGUAUACUUUAACCUUUUGCAGUCUAUCAUUUUUCAUGUUUAUUCUGUGUUUGUCCAAAUUAAUUUUCUUCUUCUGAGAUGUGAUACCAUGUAGUCCAAUAGAAUUCCCUGAUGUUGUGGAGGAAUUUACUGCCCUGUCUAAAGAGCAAGCCAAGCUUGCUAGCAGCAAGCAAGUUUUGCUUACUCUUUUCUUGACCCAGAAGAUGGAGGUAGUACAUUCUUCCAAAAUAAUGAACUUCUGCCAGACUACAGGGCAUCGCAUCCCAGACGAUAGCACUUUUUGUGUGCACAGCUGUGAGAACCUCAAAUGCUACAGUGUUACACUUAUUUUGACUGUUGCACUGUGCAUGACAGGACCAGAAGAGAAGAUGAUUAAUUUCAUACUCAGUUGGACUACAAGGGGCCCUUCUUUCCAUGCUCAGUCCUUAUGGAUUCAUACUUAAUUAUAAUAAGACUUACACACAUCUGGGUCCCAUGACUGAAAUAUGAAAUUGUUUUGACAUAAGGAUGUCCUUGGGACAUUGUCCAUUAUUCGAGGUUAUAAUUUUAGGGUCUCCAUAUAUCUGUGGACCCAGAAGGUUUGAGAAUACCAACAAUUACUGCAAUGUGAACACCAGUUAUAAUGAUAAGUCUCUGAUGAGCAGUAGAGGUGCAGUUUCUACACAGAGUAGCAGGUUAUACUCUGUGGGACAAGGAAAGAAGUGACAAAAUAAGGUCACAACUAGGAAUGAAGAACUUGGACAAAUAAAUACAAAGAAGGAAGAAAGAUUGGCUGAAACAUCUGCAGAGGAUGUCAUCA